GGGGAGGCGGCCGGGAACGUCUCCAACGGCUCGGACCUGCCCUCCAAGGAGCCGGACGAGGAAGACCUGGACGUGAACACCGACAUCUACUCCAAAGUCAUGGUCACGGUCAUCUACCUGGCCCUCUUCCUGGUGGGCACCGUGGGCAACUCCAUCACCGCCUACACGCUGGUGCGCAAGAAGUCCCUGCAGAACCUGCAGAGCACGGUGCACUACCACCUGGCCAGCCUGGCCUUCUCCGACCUGCUCAUCUUCCUGCUCUGCAUGCCCAUCGAGCUGUACAACUUCAUCUGGGUGCACCACCCCUGGGCCUUCGGGGACGCCGUCUGCAAGGGCUACUACUUCCUGAGGGACGCCUGCACCUACGCCACCGCCCUCAACAUCGCCAGCCUGAGCGUGGAGCGGUACAUGGCCAUCUGCCACCCCUUCAAAGCCAAGAGCAUCAUGUCCCGCAGCAGGACCAAGAAGUUCAUCAGCGGCAUCUGGGUGGCCUCUCUCCUGCUGGCCAUUCCCAUGAUCUUCACCAUGGGGGAGAUCUACCGCAGGGACCUGCAGCCCGACUCUCUCAUCUGUACCACCAUCGUGGACACGUCCUCGCUUAAGACGGUCAUCCAGGUGAACACGUUCAUCUCCUUUGUGUUUCCAAUGGUCGUCAUUUCGAUCCUGAAUAGCAUCAUUGCCAACCAGCUCAUUGUCAUGUUCAAGCAAGCGGCACAAGAAAACCAGGUCUGCAUUAUUGGAGGACAGCAGACAAUGCUCAGCAUGUCCAUGGAGCCCAGCCGUGUGCAAGCUCUGAAGCACGGAGUGAGAGUCCUGCGUGCUGUUGUGAUUGCCUUUGUGGUCUGCUGGCUUCCUUAUCACGUACGGCGGCUCAUGUUUUGCUAUGUUCCAGCAGAUCACUGGACAGAGUUCCUUUAUAACUUCUACCACUACUUCUACAUGUUGACAAAUGUCCUCUUCUACGUCAGUUCUGCCAUCAACCCCAUCCUCUACAACCUGGUGUCUGCAAACUUCCGCCAGAUCUUCCUCUCCACGCUCAUGUUCCUGUGCCUGCCGUGGAAAAAGAAGAAAAAGAGAUCCACCUUCACCCGGAAGUCCAACAGCAUCUCUAGCAAUCAUACGUUUUCCAGUCAAGUCACUAGGGAAACUACAUAUUGAGACCCGAGUGAAGCCAAAGGAAGAGAGAAUGUGUUUCAAUGUGGACUUGAGAUGUGAGAGAGACCUCUGGGACCUUAAUGCAUGGUCUCUAAAUUCACCAUAGCCCGAAUGUGUUUAGCAGAGUCAUUUAUGCUGAAACAAAUAGGCUUCCUUCCUCCAGUCAUGUCGGGGUUAUUUUAAAGCAUCGGCCUUGCCUCUUGUGAAUAAUGUCGCCGCAUUUUGUAACUUCAGUCUGGCAUAGAUUCUGAUGCAGUGUUAUUCUGGGAAGCCAUAGCACGUCUUCAGCCUAUAAAUGUCAAGCUUAGGCAACUCAUAUUGUGCUUCAUCCUUUUAUCCAUGCAGAGGUGCCAUGCAAAAGUCUGUGGACUCAACCUCAUUUCUCCAGUUGGCACUGAGCUGAGACUUUAAUGAGGAGCAAGGGAGUUGGGAGGGAAGGGAUAUUUUUUGAGGGGGGAAGCAGCAAUCCCUAUAAACUGUGUCCUUGUGCAGCUGCUCAGGAGAAAUUCCAAUGCCACCCAGCUGAUUAGCAGAGUGCCUACAGCUAGGUUUGUGUUUCUUCUGGUGGUGCACAUUCAUACAUGCCUCAGUGCACAUAACAAAAUUUAUUCAACACACAUGGAAAAAUCUGCACGUAGAUGGAAAAGAUUAGAAGGAAUGUUGGUGUGUGAGUAAAUAAUCUGAGAGGUGGUAAAAGAAAGAGGAAUGGGAAUAAGGAACUCCAAAGGGAAUAGUGCACUCAGGGAGCAAGGCAGUUAUUUAUACAACUCAUUCUGAAAUCUGAUUAAUUAGAUCAGGAUGCCCAGGAAAGCUACGUCAGUGACCCUCAAUUAAAGAAUGAAAUAACAAUGCCUUACCUAGAGUAGGAUGGCAGGGAGGGUCACUCUCGAGAAUACCGUUCAGUGCUCUUAAGGAGCAAGGAUCUUUUUUUUGUUAGCUGUGUGUACAGUGCCUAGCACAGUGGGUCCUCAAAGCCUGCUGGGUUCUUUCAGCAAAGUCAUACCACAAAUAAAUAGCAUAAUACAUAAGAAUAAGGACAAAGGCUAGAAGGCUUAAAUAGAGGCAAAUCUAAUUGUCAAAUACAAACAAGAGGGCAAUUGUACAUGUGCUUUGUAGACAAAUCCUUUUUUCCACUGGAAAAAGGUAACAAGUUAGGUGAGCCCUAUCAAGAGAUGAGCAAAUGCCUGGACCGUGAUGAGUGAGGACUGUGAAUGAAUGAAGGAGAGGCCCAGAGUCCCCUGUGUGAAUUUUGCAGGGUACAGAUUGUUGAUUUCUUUGCCAUUCUUUAUCCAGUUUUUCUCCAUCUGCAGGUUUUUUUUUAUUUGAGAGUUUGCUGAUACCCCAACGGGCAAGCUUAAGUCCAAGGUACAAAGACCACAAAAAAGACUCUCGGGCAGUUUUCUUGUUCUGGGACGUAAUGAGCUGUAUUUCCUGACCUUGUUUAACUGGUGUCUUUACCAAGCUCUAGCCACCGACAACACAGCUGAAGAAUUAAUAGAUAACAAGAUGGAUUCCCAGUUCCAAAACCUGGUCCCUUUGGGUAUAUCUAUACUGCACAAUUAUUUCUGAAUAAGCGAUUCCGGAAUAGUUAUUUCAAAAUAGCUU